UUGGAAUCCAAGAGCACUUGGACGGAAUUAUCUAGCGCGAGCGUCUUCGGAUAGCGGAAAUACGUCAGCAACACCUAGAACCUAGAGUCUCACAGGAGAGAAGCUUGACGCUACUUGACUUCUCUCGAGCAGCUCUCUGUAGUAAACUGAGACGGAAGUAGACGGGCGAACUUCAUCUUGGACUCCCGCAGAGGAUACUCUUUGAGUGACCAAUAUGCUAGUAGCCAAAUGAGGUACUGCGGCUGGCUGGAGGGCAAUCCUGUGGCCGCUACUCGUCUCUGCUGUAAUCACUGUGGGGAGCCAUGACAGGGGAAACAUCGAGAGUGCUUAGAUUAUGCAAUCAUCAUCUGGCUCUCCUGCGAAGACAUCCACAUAAUGCCCGAACAACCAGAUCCCUCAGCGUCGUCAGGCCGGGGAAGCGAAGGGGGCUGCUCUGGAAGACCCUUCUCGGUCUCUCUGUGGGUUUUCCCCUGGCAGUAGGCGUGAAGUACGCCGCUGCAGAGCCGAGGCAGAGAAGGAGGAUGAGGAUUGUGGUCGAGGGAUUUGGUCGUUUCUGCAGGUCUCUCUCUGUAGGGAUCUUCAUCUCUAUGGAUUACUGGUGGACCACCAACGUGGCUCUGCGUGGGAUGGACGAGAGCAGCCCAUCCUACUUGUCCGAGAUGUCAGCCUGCCACCAGAGGGCAGCAGACUACAUGGUGGAAGGAGCCCUAAGGAACGGAGGGCUGUACAUCAAGCUGGGGCAAGGACUUUGUGCCUUCAACCACCUGCUGCCCCCCGAAUACAUCCGCACGCUGCAGGUCUUGGAGGACCAAGCCUUAAACCGGAGGUACAAGGAGGUGGACGCUCUCUUCCUGGAGGACUUCAACAAAACCCCCGAGCAGCUUUUCAAGACCUUCGACUACGAGCCCAUCGCAGCGGCCAGCUUGGCUCAGGUUCACAAGGCGGAGCUCUACGACGGGACUCCUGUGGCGGUGAAGGUGCAGUACAUUGACCUCAGGGACAGGUUCGACGGGGAUAUCAGAACUUUGGAGAUCCUGCUGGAUAUAAUCAAAUUCAUGCAUCCCAGCUUUGGAUUCCGAUGGGUCCUUAAGGACUUGAAGGGAACUCUGGCUCAGGAGCUGGACUUUGAAAACGAAGCUAGAAACUCAGAAAGGUGCGCCGAGGAGCUGAAGCAUUUUCACUUUGUAGUUGUUCCCAAAGUCUUCUGGGAGCAAACCAGUAAAAGGGUGUUGACGGCUGAGUUUUGCAUCGGAUGCAAAAUCAACAAUGUGAAAGAAAUCAAGCAGCAAGGAAUAAGUCUGAAAGAUACUGCUGACAAACUGAUCCGAAUAUUUGCAGAGCAGAUAUUCUACACCGGCUUUAUCCACGCCGACCCUCAUCCUGGAAAUGUUCUGGUGAGGCAAGGUCCAGAUAAGAAGGCCGAGCUGGUGCUGUUGGACCACGGCUUGUACGAAUUCCUCAGCGAAAAAAACAGAGAGGCUCUGUGUAAACUGUGGCGGGCUAUUGUCCUGAGAGACAAGGAGGGCAUGAAGACGUACUCCGAUGCUCUGGGGGUCAAAGAGUACUUCCUGUUCUGCGAGAUGCUGCUGCAGCGCCCCAUCAACAUGCGGACGCUAGCCCUGUCCAACAUCCUGAGCCGGGAGGAGACGGCCUACAUGCGACAAAUGGCCGUCAACCGCUUCGAGAGCAUCAUGCAGGUGCUGAAGUCCAUGCCCCGGCCCAUGUUGCUGGUGUUCCGGAACAUCAACACGGUCCGGAGCAUCAACAUCACUCUGGGGGCCCCGGUGGACCGCUACUUUGUCAUGGCCAAAAGCGCGGUGCGAGGCUGGGGGAAGAUUCAGGCGGAGAAGACAGGAAUCCUGCCCAGGUUACGGGUCAUCAGCUGGUACAGGACGGCAUGGGAGAGCCUCAAGUUUCAAGUGGCUUUAAGGUCUGAGAUGGCCAUCAUGAGACUGACCCGCACCUGCCUGAGGCUGCUGGAGAUCUUCGGCUUCGUUACUCUGGACGCCGAAGUCUACAGUUACUUGACGUAGUUACUGACAUUCAACAGCAGGUGGAGCCGUUCCAAAUACGAGUGAAUACAGCUCACUGAAGGGACCCUCCCUUUCAGGGUCUCCUCAGCAAUCAGGGUAUAAAUCACUGCCGGAGAUGCUGCUGAUUUCACAUUUUUAGUCAAAUCACAUUCAUUGUCAGGAUGGGUGAGAAUCUGAAGAAGCUCUGUGUGACGAGUGAAGCACUGAGCCCAGCUCCAGCACGAUGGAAUAUGACAGCCAGUGAUAAUGAUCUCAGUGCAUUUAAGGCUAAUUUUAUUUUUCGUCCAUUUGUGUUUAGAGGAACAGUACAGUGACAUUUUUUUUAAAAAGCUGUACGUUGCAGUCUGAAAAGGUUUUGGGGUGCACCGUUUCUGGCUGAGCUUUAAAAUCUUAUUUUUAGCUGAUCAUUUUUUUAUUUUUUCUGAAAAGUGUCUUAAGUUGACAAUAGUUGUGUGAGUAUUGUUAAUCGCACACGUCCAGACGCGACCUGGAUGAUUUUCAUUUUCGGCCGAUCACCGAUCUCCCAAAAUGAAGGAAAUCUGGGCCGACUUACCGGUUGGCCUCUGGUCAUCUAGUCAAACUCAAUCUUUGCAUUUAAAACUGAUUUGUCUGUGAGCUGAAGACGUGUGAAACUCUACCGAUUAGAGAGAGCCAACAGAUCUCUCGAUGAAGGUUAAAGUAACAAGCCACUAAAUAGAAUAAUUGUUUUUUUUUACAUGACAAUAAAAUGUUCUACCUCUCCA